AAAACUUUCCAAAAAUAAAAUCAAAGAAAAAAACAGAGGUCUUUUUUUUUUUGUGUCAAUGUCGGAAUCUAGCUCAAGCUUCUCGUCACUCACUCUCCUACUCAUCAUCUUCCUCCUCGUAUCACUAUGUCCAUCGCUUUCAUCGUCUUCUGAAUCUAAAGAAGUUGGUGUUUUGGAUCGGGAGCUGUUGGAGAUCCAGACAAACCCGAAGCUGAACAAGACUAGUAGAAAGCCCAAGUGCUGCGAGAUGCGGACAAGAUCUCAGUGUUCGGGUUUCCCUAGAUGCAGAUGGUGUCGAAGUGAAGCUCUCGACGACUUGUGUUUCAGUAAAGCCGAAGCUUUGCGACUUCCAAGUCAAGUCUUUCGCUGUGAGUUAUAAUGUUCUUGCGGAGCUUUGGUUGGAAUCAGAUAUAGAGAGAGUUGUGUUGUGUUCUUUCCAAAUUUUGACUUGUAUUAACGUCUAUGGUGUUGUUGUAAUUGAUUUGAGUAUCACGAAAUUUACUGGAUCUUGAUCCUUUGGAAGAUGUUUCUUUCCUGUUUUGUUUAUAUUUUUGAGCUCAUCACUCUUCGCUAUUAAAGGUCUGGUGAAUAUGCGAUCACACUGAUUUGUGUCUGAUAUGCAUCACUGUUAGUAUUCA